GUCUGGAUUUCUCUGACCCAAAUUUAUUGAAAGAAUCUUUUCGCUUUCCUGUUAUCUCUGAGCCAAGUUUGCCAAUAGAAUCCUUAGAAGUUCCUCUUCUUUCCAUAUUAACUUCUUCCAAAGGAACAAUAGAAAGUCAGCAAUCAUCUGGUUUACUGUCUCCGGUAGAAUUUGGAAAACAUGAUAGUACUCCAUCAGCCAGACCCAGUUCACCAAGAGAAUCAGCACAACCUUCCCCUGCUGCCAGUCCUAGAUUAUUAGGAUCAAGUGUGUCAAAACAGUCGAUGAAAGUACCUGCUUCCUCAAUGCCAAGUUCACAAAGAGAAUCAAUACAAGGUCCUGAUUUCUCUGUCCCAACUUCACUGAAAGAAUCCUUUGACUUUCCUAUUUUCUCUGGGCCAAGUUCAAUAAGGGAAUCCUUAAAAGUUUCUCCUCUUCCUAUUUCAAGGUCCUUAAAAGGUUCUAAACACAUUCUUCCUUCAUCGGGCUUAAGGUCACCAAUAGAAUACACAGACAGUGAAAGUGUUAACUCUGCCACUUCGAGUUCACCAAAAGAAUCCAAAAAACCACCUCCUCCCUCCAGUCCAAAUUUAAUUAGCAAAUACACACAAAUUAUUCCUAUUUCAGAUUCAAAUGUGGCAAAAGAAUCUGUAGAAUUUCCUGAUUUCUCUAUUUCAAGUUCACAGAGAAAAUCCUUACAAGAUCCAGCUUUCUUUGACUCAAAUUCCAUGACAGAAUCCUUUGAUUUUCCCAUUUUCUCUGGAGCAACUUCAAUAAGACAGUCUUUAGAUGUCCCCCCUUUUUCUCCUUCAAGUUCUUUGAGAGGAUCUGCAGAAGUGCUUCCUUCAUCUAGCUUGAGAUCCCCAAUAGAAUAUGCAGAGGGUGAGAGAUCCCAUUCUCCUAGCCCAACUUCAUCAAGACAAUCUAGACAACCUUCCCACCUUUCAAGCCCAAAUUUAGGGAGUAGAUUUAUGCAAUUUCCUUCCUCCUCAGGCCCAAGUAUAUCCAAACAAUCAAUGGAAGUCCAUGUUUCCUCAAUGUUAAAGUCACAGGGAGAAUCUGUACAAGACGCAACUUCAUUAGCCCCAAAUUCACUGACAGAAUCCUUUGAAUUUCCCAUUUUUUCCGGCCUAGGUUCAACAAGAGAAUCUUUAGAAGUUCCUCCCCUCUGUUCUACAUCAAAUUCAACGAAAGAAUCUUUAGCAGUUAUUCCAAUUUCUGGCUUGACAUCCGUGAAAGAACCUGAAGAGGACAAAAUUUCUGCUGCAGGCAGCCAGCAUUCAUUGAGGGAUUUCAUGGAUGCUCUAGCACUCAAGGGCCUAAGUUUCAGGACAGAAUUCAUGCACGUUCAUCCUCCCUUGAUUCUCAGUCAUCCACAAGAAUUCCCUGAAGGUCUCCAUGUCCCCAGUAGAGGUUCACAGAGACAAUUCAUUCAAGUUCCUACUUCUCCUAGCCAAAGUUCACAGAGAGAGUACAUGGAUCUCACUCCAUCCAGCAUCUCCCAGAGAGAAUCUAUUCAUAUUUCUUCUGCUUCAAGGCCAAGUUCUCUGAAAGAGUUAAUUCGUCUGUCUCCCACUAGUAUCAGCUCCCAGAGGGAAUUUGAUCAAGUUUCUGAUUUGUCCAGUCCAAGUUCACAGAGAGAGUCCAUGGAUCUCCCUCCCUUCAGCAUCAAUUCCCAGAGAGAACUGAUUCAAGUCCUUGUUUCUAACACCCCAAGUUUGCAGAGGGAUUCUCUAGGUCUCCCUCCACCCAAUACCAGUUCCCAGAAAGAAUCAACUGAAUUUCCUGAUUCUUCAAUUCAGAGUUCACAGAGAGAGUCCAUGCGUCUACUUCCCUUUAACAGCAGCUCCCAGAGAAAAUCCAUUCAAGUUCCUGUUUCUUUCAGUCAAAGUUUACAAAGAGAGUUAUUAGAUAUUGCUUUGCUCAACAUCAGCUCACAAAGAAAACUGAUUCACAUUCUUCUUUCUAAAACACCAAGUUCACUGAGAGAGUCUCCAAGUCUCCCUCCCUCCAGCAUCAUCUCUCAGAGAGAACUCAUUCAAAUUCCCAUCUCUUCCAGCCAAAGUUCACAAAGAGACUCUAUUGGUCGCCUUCCCACCAGCAUCAGCACCCAUAGAGAACUGAUUCAAGUUCCUGUCUUCUACUUUCUAAGUUCACAGAGAGAAUACAUGAGUCUUCCACUCUCCAGAAUCAGCUUCCAGAGAGAAUCAAUUCAAGUUCCAGACUCUAAUAAUUUAAGUUCACAGACAGACAGAGUCACACACAGAGAUCUCCUUCCCUUCAGCAUUGGCUCCCAGAGACAAUCCAUUCAACUUCCUGCUUCUUACAGUCCAAGUGCACAGAAAGUGUUCAUGGGUCUCCCUCCCUUCAGCAUCAGUUCCCAGAAAGAAUCCACUCAGGUUACUGAUUCUUCCAGCCCAAAUUCACAGACAGAGGCUAAUGACCUCCCUCUUUCAACCAUCAGCUCACAGAAGGAAUCCAUUCAAGUUUCCGUUUCUUACAGUCCAAGUGCACAGAGAGAAUCCAAGGAUCUCCCUUCCUCCAGCAUCAGCUCCCAAAAAGAAUCCACUCACAUUACUGAUUCUUCCAGCCUAACUUUACAGAGCGAGUCCAUGGGUCUCCACUCCAGCAUCUGCUCCCAGAAGGAAUCCAUUCAUUUUACUGAUUCUUCCAGCCCAAGUUCACAGACAGAGUUUAAUGAUCUCCCUCUCUCCAGCAUCAGCUCUCAGAGAGAAUCCACUCAACUUCCUGUUUCUUACAGAGAAAGUUCACAGAGAAUCUCCAAGGAUCAUCCUCCCUUCACCAUCAGCUCACAGAGGGAAUCCAUUCAAGUUAUUGAUUCUUUUAGCCCAGCUUCACAGAGAGAGGCCAUGGGUUUCCCCCUCUCCAGUAGCAGCUCCCAGAAAGACUCUAUUCAAAUCCGUGUUUCUUAUAUCCCAAGUUCACAGGAAGAGUUAAUAAAAGUUCUUCCAUCCUCCAGCCCAAUCUCCCAGAAAGAUUCCAUGGAAGUUUCUACCUCCCUUGGUCUUAGUCUAUCAGAAGAAUUCAUGCGAAGUCCCCUUUCCUCUGCCCGAAGUUCACCAAAAGAUUUCAUAGAUGCUAUUCCUUUAUCUGGUCCAGAUUCAUCAGAAGAAUUUGUGGGCACUCCUCUUUCCCUUGGCCAAAGUUAUCUGCAAGAUUUCAUUGAUUUUCUUCCUUUGUCAGGCCCAGUUUCAUCAGAAGAAUUCAUUGAUGUUCCUGCUUCCACUUCCCCAAGUACCACAGAGGAAUUCAUAGAAAUUCUCCCUUUCUCAAGGAUUUUGCCAAAUGAAUCCAUACAUGACUCUCUUUCCUCCGAGUCCAGUUCAAUGGGGGAAUUAGCACAAGUUCCAGCUGCUUCUAGAGAACGUUCGCUGAAAGAAUACUUUGAAAUUCUCCCUUUCCCAAGACAAAGUCCACCAAGAAAACCUAUCCAAACCCGUGCUCCAACUUUAUGUUUAUCAAAAGAUGAUGUGGAUGAAUUCUUUGACAUUCAAGUCCCCUCUUGCUCUUCACAUCAUCAGAGAGAACCCAUGCAAGUGCCCUUUUCACCUUGUCCAAGUUCAGUGGAUAAAUCUAUACAACCAUCUUCAGUCCCCCAAAAAGAAAAACCUGUCAAACCUACAAAGCCUUCCAAAGAGGAAAGGGAACCCAUGCAAAUCCCAUAGUGUUAAUGGAAAGAAACUCAGCUAAACACUACUGUUUCCAAGUCUCCUCAUGCCCCUGAUCCACUCACACCAAUAUAUUCAAGUCCACUAAACCAUUUAUGGUACUAUGCUAGGACUCUUAAGACUUGAGUAGAACGCAAAACAAUCAACAGCUUUGGUC